CAGAUCUCAAACGUGGAGUUCAGAUCAGUCUGACUUUACGUAACUGCAUAGUUAUAGAUAAAGUGAUAUAUUUUAGAGCAUAUUGGGAUAACUACGGUCCUGCACGUGCAGAAACUACUACUGCUACCACACUAUCGUGUGUUUGCUCGCUGGCUCGGUCACAGAUUGCUUCGCAAAUUUAGUUUUAUAACUGCUUGAAUAACUCGCCUGUGUAACUCGCAAUAAGUCAUUAUUGUGUUGAGUAAGAAUAACUUUUCUUUUUGUAACAUCUAAACCUUCAAUUAACUACAUUAGCCCUAUCGUCUGGUUCACUAAUGGAAACAACGAGCAGUGUGAAGGAAGGAAGUCGCAGUGCCUCCCCUCACUGCCCCAAACCAGAUGAACCAGAGGAGCCUCUGGGCACCGCCAUGGAGACUGAAGCUGCCAAAGAUGUCAGUGUGAAAUCUGAGAAUGUGACUUCUGAGGUGGUUAUCACAAAAGAAAUGGAGGAAGAAGAGAAGCAGCUGAUGAAGGAAGGCGAGAGGAAAGAGAAGGAGAUGAUGGAACAGGCCCGCGAAUCGUGGCAGAGGGAUUCUCACGACAUGCGCUUUAAGAGGCUGCAGCAUCUGCUUCAGAAGAGCAACAUCUACUCCAAAUUCCUGCUGACUAAAAUGGAGCAACAACAGAAUGAGGAGAAACUCAGGAAGGAGAGACUGGAGAAGAAGCCCAAGAAGACGCAGGGCACCAAAUGUGCAGAACCUGAAAAAGAUAAAAAGAAGAGGAGGAGGGAUGAUGACUACAAAAUAUCAGAUGUCAUGUCGAAAGAAGAAAUCAUGUCGCAAGCUAAGAAAGCAAAAGUGGAGGAAGGGGACGAGGGGCCGGCCCAGAAAAAACUAGAAGCUGAGGAUAUCGAGAAGAUGAGCGAUUCCAACCAAGACAUCAAGAACCGUCUGUCGGAGACGGUGCGAGACAACGCCAAGCAGCUGCUGGAUCCUCAGAGGAAGGUGAACGGCGAGCCGGUCCCCAUCCAUCAGCCACAGCUCUUCACUGGAGGGGUCAUGAGGUGGUACCAGAUUGAAGGCAUCGAGUGGCUGAGGAUGUUGUGGGAGAACGGCAUCAACGGGAUCCUGGCUGAUGAGAUGGGACUGGGAAAGACCAUCCAGUGCAUCGGUCACAUCGCCAUGAUGAUAGAAAAGAAAGUGAUGGGGCCCUUCCUGGUGGUCGCCCCUCUCUCCACCCUGUCCAACUGGAUUAACGAAUUCAAGCGCUUCACACCCGAGGUGUCUGUACUGCUUUACCACGGCCCCCAGCCAGAGAGGGCCAAGCUGCUGAAGCAGAUCCGCAGGCCUCAGGGGCCCCUCAGCAUGUAUCCCGUGGUCGUCACCUCCUUUGAGAUCGCUAUGAUUGACAGAAAAUUCCUCCAGCGUUUCCAGUGGAAGUAUCUGAUCGUGGACGAAGGUCACCGCAUCAAAAACCUCAACUGUCGCCUGGUGCGGGAGCUGAAGAUGUUUCCCACCGACAACAAGCUGCUGCUGACAGGCACACCACUGCAGAACAACCUGGCUGAGCUCUGGUCCCUCCUCAACUUCCUCCUGCCAGAGGUCUUUGAUGACCUCAAGAGCUUUGAGUCGUGGUUUGACAUCAACACCCUCGGGGAGGCUGAGAGUGUGGUGGCUACCGAGCGCGAGCAGAACGUUCUGAGCAUGUUGCACCAGAUUCUGACUCCGUUCUUGCUGAGAAGGCUGAAAUCAGACGUGACCCUGGAGGUUCCUCCCAAGAAGGAGAUCAUCGUUUACGCUCCUCUGACGCCUAAACAGGAGACCUUUUACACCGCUGUGGUCAACAACACCAUCACCAAGAUGCUGGGCCAGGAGAAGACAGAGGAUCCUGUGGAGCUGAUGUCGAACAGCAGGCCAAAGCGGCGCAGUCGAAAGGUGGUGAACUACAAAGAAACAGACACAGACUCGCCGAAGGACCUGGAGAAAUACCUGGACAGUGUCCGCAAGGACGUGGAGCUGAGCCUUAUUCCAGUGCUGAACGUGCAGAGCCCGCUGGACGCUCACAUCCACCUGAAGCUGCAGAACAUCCUCAUGCUGCUAAAGAGAUGCUGCAACCACCCCUACCUGGUGGAGUACCCCCUCGACCCCGCUACCCAGGAGUUCAAGAUUGAUGAGGAGCUGGUGCGGAGCUCAGGGAAGUUCCUCAUACUGGACAGACUGCUGCCUGAACUGAAGAAAAGAGGCCACAAGGUUCUGAUCUUCAGUCAGAUGACGUCCAUCUUGGAUAUCCUGGUGGACUACUGCUAUCUGCGGGGCUUCCAGUACAGCCGGCUGGAUGGCAAAAUGUCCUACACAGACAGAGAUGAAAAUAUGGUCAAGUUCUCCACUGAUCCAGAGGUGUUCCUGUUCCUGCUGAGCACCAGAGCAGGAGGACUUGGGAUCAACCUGACAGCUGCUGAUACAGUCAUCAUCUUCGACAGCGACUGGAACCCCCAGGCUGACCUGCAGGCCCAGGACCGCUGUCACCGCAUUGGUCAGACCAAACCAGUCGUGGUGUACCGCCUGGUCACAGCCAACACCAUUGACCAGAAGACCUUGGAGAGGGCGUCGGCCAAGAGGAAGCUGGAGCAGAUGAUCAUUCACAAGAAUAAGUUCAAAGGCAGAAGGGCCGAGCUGAACCAAGGUAAAAGCUGCAUUGAUCUGGAUGAGCUGAUGGACCUGCUCAAAGCCAGAGGCCCAGAGAAGGAGGUGAAAGCAUCCAAGGGUAAGGUGAUCAGUGACAAGGACCUGGAGAUUUUGCUGGAUCGCAGCGACUUACUGGACAAAGAGAAGGCGCGUGUGAAAAAGGAGAAGGUGGGAGUCUUCAGAGUGAUCGAUGCCAAAGAGUCGUCGGAGAUCACACUGACCUGAGAACACUUGAAAUAUUCAUAUGUGAACUUCUGACCAGAGUCCUUCAGAGAGAG